AAUUAAUUUCUAAAAGAAGUUCUUUCUCCCUAUCAGACAAAGCUGAGGGCUAAAAGCCCACAGGAGCAUAUUGACAGACGUAGUAUCGAAGCAUGGCCGGGGAAGGCGAAAAGAAACCGGUGCUUGAAAUGGUCCAGGCUGACGGGGCCGACGACGGCUGCGUGACGUUUGUGAUGCACGACGAGGACCACACGCUGGGCAACUCCCUCAGAUAUAUGAUCAUGAAGAACCCGGAAGUGGAGUUCUGCGGCUACACCAUCACGCAUCCCUCGGAGAGCAAGAUCAACUUCCGCAUCCAGACGCGAGGAGGCGUUCCUGCGGUGGAGCCGCUGCGAAGCGGCCUCAACGACCUGCACGUCGUUUGCCAACAUGUCCUCAACACCUUCCAGGCGAGAGUUGCCGAGUUUAAAGAAGGCCAGGAGCAACCUAUGGAAUAAACAUCGCAACGGGAACCAUAAAAGAUUCAACUUCACCCAACUCCUUCUUCUCUUCAGAAGUCCGGGAAGUUUUCACGUCUUCAAUACUUGUACAGUUUAUUUUUUAAAAAUGUAAUUAUGUAAGGGAUUCAUAACGUGCGAUAAACUCGUAUCAAUGUUGCUUUUCAUUCCCACGCCGCCUGGCUGGCAAGUAAAAACACUUGCAAUGAUAAAAACGGGCCUACAAGAGCUUUCCUUCCUUCCCUCACUCGGGCGUCGGACUCGUUCUGGGACAUUUCACUUCACGACUCGUGCAACGGCGUUUUUGAAAGGCGCUCGGAUUCGAACGUCUGAAUCUCCUGACGGGAGCGAGGAAAGUUCUGGAAGCUGAUAUGUCCUUAUUAGCAGAGGAAUGCGGAGCCGGGCACUUCAAACUGAGCUGGAGGGACGGCAGGUCAAAUGAGGGAGGAGGGGAAAAAAAGUGUGAAUAAUAAGCUUGAAGUUGGUCGAGGGUAAUCGCAUCACAUGUUCAGGAUGUUUCAACAAAGAAAAGACGACUCAUUUAACAAAAUAAAUGGGUCCUGGAAGAUUUUAGAAGAGUUUUCUGUAGCUGAAAUUUUAGAGGAAUAAAGUGUUUUUGUGUCAGAGAACCAUGUGAAUAGCUCAAUAGCGUCAUGUCUGUCAGGUAACGAAGCUGGAGCCAGCGCUGGAAAGCUUUAUGUAAACAGCUGGAACGGUGGGAAACUGAUCGUUCAACGUUCGCAGUUUGUCUUCAGAUCCCAUCGAGGUUCGUUAGUAAUUUAUGUUAAAUGUUUGUUUAAUAUGAAAAAAUCCUUUUGGAAGACUUUGAAGAGACGUUGUCUUUCUCCCCCCCCCUGAAUUUAAAAAAAAUCUCUUCUUCUCUAACUCAUUUCCUUUAAAUCCAUCCAUCCAUCCAUCGUCUUCCGCUCGUCCAGGAUCGGGUCGCUGGCGGUAAAUAGGGCAGGAAGGAUACCAGAUUCCAAGUUGUUUAGGCAACAAAUGCCUGCCAAGACUUAAAAAAAAUGGACUUUAGCAGCGUUUCUUUUAUCAACAGUAACAGGGUAAAGUUGUUCAGUGCAUCUGGAAAUCAACGGCUUUUGCCUUAAAGCAGCAAAAGGAGAAAUUAAAGCCACAUAUUACAAGUUAUAAAACUGUUUGCUGUUUGUGUAGUUGAAACUGGAAUCUGAGUAUUGGAGUGAGUUUUAUUCUACCACCGUCAGUCUGAGACCGCUCCUUAUGUCGAUUAAAUGUAGAAAUACACAAUCUGUCAGAUACGUUGGAAAAGGUCGCUAAGAUUUCUUUUGGAAAUGUUGGGUGGAUGCAUCUCAAAUUUGACGAUCAUCAAAAGUUUGUACAUCUUAGUAAUUCAUUUACUGAUUCUCAAACCUGGAUAACUAAGUCAAGUCAACAUUCCUUCCCCUGGUUGUGUAGGCUUUUUUGUUUUAUUUUUUAACUCUUGAAUAUGAUGCCAGUAUCAAACUUAGUUUUAUAUGCCUAUAGUUAAAGGUAGAGAUUACUUCAACUUCAAGUAGUUUGAACUUGAAACCAGAAAUGUACAUGUUUAUGUAAAUAAAAAUGCAACUUUUCUUCCCCUCUGCAUCCAACAUUAAGUCAGGCUAAACUUUCUUUCAGUCGAUCAGAAUAGCUUAGAUGUUUUUCUAUUUACUAAAUGCCAGACUAGUGCUAAAAACCUAUUACUUCCAAUGUUUUUUCUGUAGUAAGGUUACUGUCCCUUUUCUCACUGUACCAACAUAUCAGCAAAGUAAUGGGUCAUAUGAGUUCAGUUUCUAAUUGAGCAAAGUGACAGUUUUUGAAGUGACCGUCACUGAACCCUAAUGAGGAAACGACGUAUUUUUAAGUCACUUUCCAGACAGAAAUCUAUCAAAGUGCGUCACCACAAACUGUCAAAACAGAACGGUGCAUGAAGCUUUAGUUAAAACCAAAGAAAACAAUAAAAAUUGAGAACCUAGCUUACCAAGACGACUCCAGCUCUAACAGGAACGGGCCAGAACAUUACUUAAAAUAUUUCAACCAAGUCAUACAGUUAAAGGAAAUAUAUUUUACGUCCGAAUUUCAUGUUAUCAAACUGUUUUCUUCCUCGUCAUCCUGCAAAUAGAAAUAGCUUAGGUGAUCCUGUGCAGUGAUUGGCUCAUGUGGUUUUGUGCAGCAUUCUUACACAUCUGGUUUCAACUGUAUUUAUGUUUUUGGCAGAUGUGCAUGCUAUCGAGGCCAUUUUUUCUUUUUUUUUUUUAAAGCAGUUCAGUACACAGCAGGAAACGGUUGGCGCUGAUCAGCAAUGAAUUCUUUCUUCUGUUAAGAGAAUAAGUCUUUGGUUUCAAUAGAUUAUACAUAUUUUUUUCGGUUUGUUUUCGUCGCCAUCGGGAGCCUGGAGUCGGUUACAGACUGGCGCACGUGAUGACAGGACUCGAAAAGCCGGCGUUUGUUUUUCAAAAAUAAUAAAAAUCUUACUGAUCCCGCAGGGACUUUACAGUUAAAUGUGCCAGACGUGCGAGGAAAUGAAAUUCUUAAACCUGUCCCAGUUUCAAAACAACCCAAAUCGGUCUGGGAUUGGAACAAGAUUCAUAUCGACGCCUGUUCACGGAGCGGCUCAUCUGUCCCACGGGCCGCACACCGAAGCAGGGUUCAGAUCUCUACGUGAGGUGGCUUAUGCAACGCCUUGCGUGUUUUGUUUUUUUUUUUUUGUGUCACAAAUUUCAAGGUUUAGUGCAAGCGGAAUAAAGAGCCACGUUUCGACUUAUUCGAAACACA